AACACUAUACCUGAGCAACUAAAUCAUCAUGACGAACCCCGCUCCGGCCCCAUUCAACAUCGCCAUCAUCGGCGCCGGCGUCAUCGGCCUUAAACUCGCCCUCGCCCUCCUGAAACGAAAUAUCCCCACCACCAUCUACGAGCAAGCCGGCCCGCGGCGGGAAAUCGGCGCCGGGCUGGCAUUUAUGCCGCCCUGCGUGGAAUACAUGCAUGAGCUAGACCCGCUUAUCGCCGAGACGUUCAACAAGGUCCGUGUGCUUGGCGAGGGGAAGAUUCAAUUUGUGAAUGGGAGGAGUUAUUAUGGCAAGUCCCGCAGUGGUGGCGAUGGUGAUGGUGCGGGUGAGAAUCAGGGAUCCCAUGAUGAUUUCGAGCUCGGCUCGGGAGGUCUGCCGGCUUGUCUCAGGGCGCAGCUUGUGACGGCGCUCGAGGGGUUGUUGCCCGAGGGGGUGUUGAAGUUGGGGAAGAGGGUGGAGGAGAUUGUUACUCCCGAACGUGAGGGUGAUAAUGAUGAAAAGAUAGUGCUGCGUUUUGCGGAUGGGACCACCGCGGAGGCUGACGCGGUUGUCGGAUGCGACGGAAUCAAAUCCCGCAUCCGCGAACUCGUCCUCAGCCCCAACGACCCGGCCGCCUACCCGGGGUACACCCACAUGAGCGUCUACCGCGGGCUCAUCCCCAUGGGCCGUGCUAUGACUGCGAUAGGCGACUCCGCAGGCCGCGGGUUGGUGAUGGAGCUUGGACCCGGGUCGCACAUUGUUCGGUAUCCCAUCGCCGGCGGGACAUUGCUGAAUUUCCUCGCCUUUCUAAGCAAUCCCGGUGAAUGGGAAGGGGAUAAGAUCAAGAUGACGGCCCCGGCGAGUAAAAGCGAUGUGGUGCUGGCGUUUGCUGAGUGGGGGGAGAGUGUGAGGGCCCUGGUUGAACUCUUGCCAGAGAAGUUGGAUUGUUGGGGGAUGUUUGAUACGGCAGAACAUCCCCUGGAGUGUUAUGCAUAUGGACGGGUUUGUUUAGCGGGCGAUGCGGCGCAUGCUUCGUCUACCCAUCACGCUGCCGGUGUGACUCUAGGCAUCGAAGAUAGCCUAGCCCUCGCGGUUAUUUUAGAGAGCGCUGCAUCCAAACUGCAAAGCCCGGAGAACACAAACAGUAGGCAAAAGGUUCUGGCUGCGGCUUUUCUCGCCUACGAUGCCGUAAGACGCGAGCGCUCGCAGUGGGUUGUGCAAAGUAGUCGUCAUCUGGGCGAGCUCUAUCAUUGGGAGGAUCCUGUGAUUGGAAAUGACUCCGUUAAGAUGAAGGAGGACCUUGCUUGGCGAUAUGAGAAAGUCACCGAGUUUGAUUGGAAGAAAAUGCAGGCUGACGCUGUGAGGGACUUUGAGGAACGCCUCGAGAGGAACUCAUAGUAAUCGCAUACGGAGACUACUUCGCAUGUUCGAUCGAUUCAGGGAGAUCGGUAUCAGAUAUUUAAGAAUGGAAUGACAAAAAAGGUCUACUUGUUGUUAAUCUACCAAAAUGAAUAUG